AGAAAGAAUAGCCACAUAUGUAGAACAUCAGCUCACAAGCUUUGUCAAUAUUCUGAUGGUGUGUGUGUGAGUGUAAAUAUUUCAGGCAUAAAACUAAGUUAUGUGCGUACCUACGCUAACAUUCUAGGACGAAGACAAGGGCACAAUACUGUGUGUUCUUGUCUAUUUCUACACAAUUUCUACCCCUGUGCACAUUUUGUUACAUUUAUUAUAGUAACAGAUUUCUGAAUAAAGAGUGAAUGUAGAAAGCCGAGCAACACAUCCAAGUCCUAAAUCAACAACAUUGCCCGAAGCAACAACACAACUUCAAUCAUAUGUUACCACUGCUCAACUGCAAAGUCAGACCCUUCAGGAAAAUAUAAAAACUUUGGAAGACAGUGUUUCAAACAAAGUUCUUCUAAUAGAAGCUCUAGAGGAAAUGCUGAGAAUGGAAAUAAUCCAUCAAAGAACUCGAACAAAAGAUCACUUGAAACGUCAAACACUACACAGUAAGCUAACUGAAGCUGAGAUUGCAAGCACUGAACAGCAGUUGCAAGCAAUUGUCACUGAGAACUUGCACAUAUGUAAGUUACACUAUAUUCUUAAGAUGGCCAAAGAUCUCCAGUUAGAGUGCAUUUGGAUGAGAGAACACCAAAAAGGACCUAAGAUGGAUAUGGUAGAAGUCAGCAGGAUCAGAGAGAAUCUGGCUACACAGUGGUCUAAUGAUCAGAAAAUGGAGGAGGAACACAAAGAGUAUUGUGACAUGAUUUUAUCAAAAACGGAAUUACUGUCAAGACAAGUGGAAAAGAGAUUGAAACAGCUUGAUCAUGUUUACAAUGAACAGCUUUUUGAAGAACCUGAGACUCUAGCUGCAUCACACCUUUAAACUGCUGUUAUACUGUAUAAUAAAGUACAACAUGUUCUUAUGGUUUUACUGUACUAACACCAAUGUUGUAAUAUGGAGUCUGUCAUUGUUGUGUAGAGGUAUGGUCUACUGUGACAAGGUUUACCAGUCUAUGUUUUCAAACU